ACAUUGUGCUCCCCUGUUUCUGUUAGCUUGUUAGUGGUGAGUGCAGGAAACUCCGAAACUAAUUACCGGUGAGUUUACGUGCCUGCCUCGGCUCGGCCAAGUUAGCAAUCGCACCCUUGUGCUCUUUCCAAAUUGUCUCUCCCCCUUUGGCCGGCAAUUGCAGCAAUUCGCUUCUCUUCUCUUUUACUCGAUUCAAUCCAGUCCAAUCCGAUAGCACUGCGCACCUAGUCAAGAUUCGGCAACGGCGACUUGCAAAUUCCAAAGCGGUCUGAACCGGGGCGGAGCAGUGUUGUAAUUAGACGCUUCCCUAGCUCUAUUUCGGAUCGGGACCUGGAAAGAUCCAAUCCGACGCGGACAUGGCGAGCGUUGAACAGGAAGCGGCAUCAGUGCCGCGGAAGCUAUGGGAGCACCCCGACCCGAAGUCCACGCCCAUGUACCGUUUCAUGCAGGAGAUCAACAGCAAGGAGAAUCGCCAGCUCAAGACAUUUCGUGAGCUCUACGCCUACUCACUGGCCCACCGCACCUCCUUCUGGUCGCACGUCUUCCGUUCCGCCAACCUCAUAUAUGAGGGCUCCAACUCAGUCGUGGUCGACGAGUCGGCACCCAUCGACGCUGUCCCGCGCUGGUUCGAGGGCGUCCGCCUCAACUUUGCCGAGAAUGCCCUCUUCUCUUCUGCUUCCCCGGCGCCUCCUGACGACGGCGGCGGCGACCAGGCGGCGCGGCGAAGCCUGAGGCACAAGGAGGACGACAAGGUCGCCAUCACCGAGGUGCGCGAGGGCGGCUCCGAGGUGCGCAGCGUCACGUACGGCGAGCUCCGCCGCCGCGCCGGCGAAAUGGCCCGCGCCAUGCGCGCCCACGGCGUCGGCCGCGGCGACCGCGUCGUCAUCGUCGGCGCCAACAGCGUCGAGACGCUCGUCGUCUUCCUCGCCACCGCCUGGCUCGGCGCCGUCUUCAGCAGCAGCUCCACCGACAUGGGCGUCAAGGGCAUCCUGCAGCGGACGGUGCAGGUUAACCCAAAGCUGCUGUUCAUGGACGAUGCGGCGCUGUACAACGGCAAAGUGGUCGACCUGAGGGACAAGAUGGCCGAGGUGGUUAAAGGCUUGAGCGAGUGCUCCAAUUUCGAGGGCGUCGUGUCUAUCCGGAGGUUCGAGCAGGCCCGGGACAUCUCGCGCGUCCCCAAGGCCCGGACGUGGGCGUCCUUCCUGGCUGCCGCUAACAGGAACGCCCCGCUGCCCGAGUUCGUCCGCAUCCCCUUCCACGAGCCCUUCCUCAUCUGCUACUCGUCCGGCACUACGGGCAUUCCCAAGGCCAUCGUCCACUCGGUCGGCGGCAUCCUGAUCAACACGUACAAGGAGGGCGUCCUGCACGAGGGCCUGGGCCCAGACAGCGUCACGCUGCAGUAUACAACGACGGGAUGGAUCAUGUACCUGGCCAGCUGCAACGUCAUCAUCUACGGCGGACGCACCAUCUUGUACGACGGCUCGCCCUUCCAGCCGGAUGCCACCAUCCUGAUCCGCAUCGCCGCCGAGCAGAAGGCCACCAAGCUGGGCAUCAGUCCGCGCUGGAUGUUGGAGGUGGCCAAGUCGGGCCUCCGCCCGCGCGAGUUGGCCGACCUCUCGAGCCUCCGGACCGUCACCAGCACCGGCAUGGUCCUCUCGGACGAGCUCUUCCGGUGGUUCUACGACGUCGGCUUCCCGCCCCACGUGCACCUGGCCAACAUCUCGGGCGGCACCGACAUCGCCGGCUGCUUCGGCAUCAUGAACCCGCUCGAGCCCGUCUAUGUGGGCGGCACCCAGGGCCCCUCGCUCGGCGUGCAUGUCGCCAUCUAUGACUCGCUGCUGCCGGACGGCGCCGAGGGCAAGGAGGUGCCCCCCGGCACCCCCGGCGAGCUGGUCGCCGUUGCUCCCUUCCCCAACGUCCCCUGCUUCCUCUGGGGUGACAAGCAAGUUCCCGGCGGCGGCGGCCCGGCCGCGCCGGGGACCAAGUACCACUCCUCCUACUUUGCCCGAUUCCCGCACGUCUGGGCUCACGGCGACUUCUGCGUGAUGCACCCCGUCACGGGCAACAUCACGUUCCUGGGCCGCGCCGACGGCGUGCUGAACCCGUCGGGCGUGCGCUUCGGCUCGGCCGAGAUCUACUCCGUCAUUGAGCGGCGCUUCUCCGACCGCGUGCAGGACUCGCUCUGCGUCGGGCAGCGAAGGCCCCAGGACAGCGACGAGUCCGUCAUGCUAUUCCUGCUCAUGAAGCCCGGCGCCAAAUUCGACCGCGCCCUGGCCAACGAGAUCCGCCAGGCCAUCGCGGCCGACCUGAGCAAGCGCCACGUGCCCAAGUACAUCUUUCCCACGCCAGAGAUCCCGACGACCGUCAACCUCAAAAAGGUCGAGCUCCCCGUCAAGCAGAUCGUGUCCGGGCGCAUCAUCAAGCCCAGCGGCACGCUGGCCAACCCGAAGAGUCUCGACUAUUACUACCAGUUUGCCAAAGUGGAGGAGCUCGUUGGACCCAAGGAGAAGCUCUAGAUAAUAGAUAACAUCAGAAGAAAGAAAACUCGCCGCCGCCGACGAGGACGUUUAGGAUAUCUUCUCACCUUAGUACAAGAUAUCAGGAUUUGCUUGGUUCGGCCGUCUUGUCCGCCCGCCCCGAUAAUCAAGCGUACCAUGGCGGUCACCAAACAAACCAGUCUAUCCAUACCGAUCAACUGCUGUUGCUGUUGGUGUUGUUGUUCUCUUC